CGGAGCGCGCAGGCGCGGCCGGCCGGAGCUUCCCGCAGGCUCCGCGUCCAGUGACCACAGGGCUGAUGCUGGUAGAAAAGAAUCCCACUGUGCUAAUUGGUGCUCACUUCCAGUUACAUCCUUCAUGCUUGGGGCAAGGUGAUGGAUGGGCGGGCAGAAAUGGAGGUUAUAAGAAGCACACAAGGGAAUGUAACAGGGGAAGUCAGUGUCCAUCUGGUUGCCAAUGAAAAUACUGUGCAAAGUGCCCAUUUACCAGCAACUGCAUUCAUCAUACCAGCAAACACAACCACUGUUAGCCUUCCAACAAGCACCUUAGAAAUCCAGCGUUUCCCUCGAGACCCUCAGAAAAACAUGGGGGCAGAGAGGCAAAGAGAGGGCACAGGAAGUGAACCUAUCACAGCAACAGUCAUCCCACAGAUCAGUGGUGUACAGACCUGCAACACCAUCCGGGUUCUGGAAUGGAAGGAUGGGGUGGCAACUCUUCCUGGAAGCAACCUAAGGUUUCGGAUAAAUGAAUAUGGAACAUUGAAGGUGGUCAGCACUGACAAGAUUUCACCUCUGGAGCCCCUGAAAGAUUGCCAUUCAGAAAGAGAUACGGAUGAUGCUGUGGUUCUCAUCAACAAAGACAAUCCCACCAUAGCUCAAGAUUCAAAUGUUCCUGAACCUCCGAAGCUUCCAACUGUAGACAGUCUGUUCCAUUGCAGUACCUGUGGUCGGAGAAAUGUUUCAGGAUCAGUCCAGGAAGGAAGGGGAUUUUGCAGUGAGAACUGCCACCGGCAAUUCAAAGAAAGAUCAGUCAUUGUGGAGAACUCUUCUGGCAGCACUAACUCCACUGAAAUUCUCAAACCAGUGAAGAAACGGAAGAGGAAAGAAUAUCAGAGUCUUUCUGAGGAGGAAGAGGAAGAAGCUGAGCAAACGGAAGUAAAACAGGAGGAGACAAAUAGCUCUGGAGGAGAACUUCCAUCUAGCAACAUUGGGAAUGAAGAGUGGAAUCUGAGUCAGCUUGACUUGAGUGAGGAGAAGACAGAAGGUUGGACCUGGGCAUCUUACUUGGAGGAACUCAAAGCCAUUGCUGCCCCUUUGAAUCUGUUCCAGGAACACCAGUUGGUUGGUCACGACAAGAAUGGUUUCAAGGUGGGGAUGAAACUAGAAGGGAUCGAUCCUCAGCAUCCCUCCAUGUACUUUAUUCUCACAGUGGCUGAGGUAUGCGGUUACAGAAUGCGCCUCCAUUUUGAUGGCUACUCUGAAUGUCAUGAUUUCUGGCUGAAUGCUAAUUCACCUAACAUUCAUCCUUCUGGGUGGUUUGAGAAAACAGGACACAAACUCCAGCCUCCCAAAGGAGCUUUAGGUUAUAAAGAAGAUGAAUUCAACUGGGCCAACUACCUGAAGAUAACAAAAGCUCAGGCAGCUCCCAAGCAUCUCUUUGUGACCCCGGAUAGUAAUGCUGCUCCCACAGGAUUCCAAAUGGGCAUGAAACUUGAAGCGGUGGACCGCAUGAACCCUUCUUUGAUAUGUGUUGCCACAGUGACAGACGUGGUGGACAAUCGCUUUUUGGUGCACUUUGACAACUGGGAUGACACAUAUGACUACUGGUGUGACUCCAGCAGCCCCUAUAUCCACCCAGUUGGUUGGUGUCAGGAGCAUGGAAAGCCCCUCACUCCUCCACAAGACUACCCUGAUCCUGAGAACUUCAGCUGGGAAAAAUAUUUAGAGGAAACAGGUGCUUCAGCUGUGCCAAAAUGGGCUUUUAAAGUGAGACAACCCCAUGGCUUUCUGAUCAAUAUGAGGUUGGAGGCAGUGGACCGAAGGACUCCCACUCUGAUCCGAGUAGCUAGUGUAGAAGAUGUAGAAGAUUAUAGAAUAAAGAUCCACUUUGAUGGCUGGAGCCAUAUGUAUGAUUUCUGGAUUGACUCAGAUCACCCAGAUAUUCACCCUGCAGGAUGGUGUUCAAAAACUGGACAUCCAUUACAACCUCCGCUCAGACCAAAGGAACCAGUUUCUUCUGCCAAUGGGAGCUGCCCAACAUUGGCCUGCAAGACCCUCCCUCCCACCAAGAGCUCGAAAUACAGCUUUCACAGAAAAUGCCCAACACCUGGUUGUGAUGGCUCUGGUCAUGUAACGGGAAGGUUUACAGCUCACUACUGCAUCUCAGGAUGUCCUCUUGCAGAGAAGAACCAGGGAAGAGUGAAGGCUGAAUUCUCAGAUACAGAAAACUCUAUUCGAAAGAGAAGUCUCAUUGGCUUCUCUCAGCGGAAGAAAUCCCGACACCAUGGAAGAGGACGGCCUCCAAAAUAUCGAAAAAUCCAGCAGGAAGAUUUCCAGACCAUUUCUUCAGACAACAUGCACCAGUCCCUCUUCAUGUCAGCUUUGUCAGCACACCCAGACCGUUCCUUGUCUCUCUGUUGGGAACAGCACUGUAAGCUCCUGCCAGGUGUGGCUGGGAUCACAGCAACCACUGUGGCCAAAUGGACCACUGACGAGGUGUUUAACUUUGUACAAACAUUGACGGGUUGUGAGGACCAAGCAAAACUCUUCAAAGAUGAGAUGAUUGAUGGUGAGGCAUUUCUUUUGCUAACUCAGACUGAUAUUGUGAAGAUUAUGAGUGUCAAACUCGGUCCAGCACUUAAAAUCUACAAUGCCAUCCUCAUGUUCAAAAAUGCCGAUGACACCUUAAAGUGAGACACCUCAGCAGCAUUUCACUUUCCUCCACAAGGAAGAUGCCAGACUCCCUUGUCUUAUCUCUUGUCUCAGCCAACUGGAGACCUUCCUGACUUCUGCAGGAAGUCCUGCCAUUUUGCUCUCUCUUUGAGUCUUCAUCCUUGUUUAGUACCAAAAUCAUCUCUUGUCAGUUUUCCUCUAAUCUUUUACCAGCCUUUCUGAACACUGCCCUGGCCAUGUUUAACAGUGGAACACUGGCAUUGGUCUGUCUGGUCCUGCAAAAACCUGCCAGGAAGUAUUCCUGAUGGUUUUAAAGGCACAUAGCAUGGGUUUGAAACUGGGGUUGCUGUUGGAUUUAAACCGCUUUGGUUUACCCCUUCAGUUGUGACUGCCUGUGCAUUCUUACUUUAUUGUGUGCCUCAGUUUACAUGAUAACAUGCAGAAGGCAAAUAUCUAUAUAUUGACCACUGGUACAUAUAUCCAGUUCCUCUAUUUCCAGACAACAUCCUGUAUUUGGAAACAAUUCUGAACUCUGAUGUUUCAGGGAAAAGAUAAAUUGCGAACUAAUAUGGAUUAGGCCAUGGACUUCAUAGAAGGCAGAUUAUCUAUAUCUGGGGAUUUGUUCCUUUCAAGGCAAGCUAUUGGACUAACAACAGUGUAGAUAUAACCCACUUUUAACCAUUUUGGAUCCAUUGCUGCUAUGGUGCUCACAAUUUGUAGACUCACAAUAUUACCAUGUUAGUCAUGGAAGAUGAAUGGAUCAAAGUAAUAUUAUUUCUUGCUUUAACCUCUGUUCAGUCCUUCUGAUUUGCAUGGUGCAUUUUUCCCUAGAGUGCACCAAAUAUAUACAUAUAUAAAAAAUAGAUUGAAACUUCACAAAAAACAAGCUAACAAACAGGACUGCUACUUCAUAUCAAGUAAAAGCAUUCCUUCCCUUUACAGAAGGAAGCCCUGAUGUUGGGAAGAGCUGACUAACUUCAUACAGCCUGUUGGACUUUCAGAUGAUGUUAUCAUUUGGAAAAAGAUUUUGUGGGAUGCAGCAAUUCUCAGAUUCUCUAUUCAGAUUUGAAUGCUCACUUCUCCAGUCAACCUGAUUUAUUCAGUGUGUACCAAAUGUUUACAUUCAGCUACUUGACAUUGUCCCUUGAACACAUAAUUUAGAAACUGUUCUUC